AUGCCAUCGAGACCACGUCAAAAUCUCCAGCGGAUGCGACUUAGAAUAAGAUCAAAAGAUCGCAGUCACCAAGAAGACCGCGAGAAUAUUGAAGAUCAAUCCCUCAACUGUCGCCCGAGGGCACUCACACCUCCUCUGCCAAAUACCAAAGAAAGUCCACAAACAUGUUCAACUCGUUCCUGGCGACUAUCGCUCUCAAAGCGACGCGAGCAACAGACAUUGAACCAGGAUCAAUCUCCUUUGUUUAGCCACUUACCGGCAGAGAUCCGACUAUUGAUCUGGGAACAUUAUCUCUGCAGUCAAAGGUUGCAUAUCAUACUCUCAAAUCAGCACACAUGGAAGCAAUCCGAUUCAAAGAUUGUAGGAUUGGCUUGCAGUGAGAGUGACGAUUACUGUCCCUGUAGCCACCACUGCUGGGGAUCGAGGGCCCGUCGACCGGCAGGUGGGUGUUUGGAGACUAUCCAACACGUUGAUUCAAGAUGGCAUGAGGAGCGUGAGUGGGGGUUUGAUACUGGGAGGGUGAAUUUUGUCUCACUUCUACAGACAUGUCGAUUAAUAUACUCCGAGGCCAUCGACAUGAUUUACCAGAACAAUACGUUUCUCUUUAAUAACACAGCCACCAUCGUGGACUUGUCUAACACACUCCUACCGCAGCGCCUGAAUUUGAUUCGGACGGUGCAGCUCAGCUUUUCGGAUCCUGGUGGGCUGACAUGGGACUCCUGCUGUGAGGUUUUGGCGACCAGAAUGCCAAAUCUGAGGAAAUUGACUAUCCAUCUGUAUCCUCACGUCACCAAGUCCCUGGAUUCUUGGCUCAUGCCGCUACAUCGAAUUACACAGACCUCGACCUUUGAGGUGUUGUUAAUCAAGCCGUGGUAUCUAGAUCCGCAGUGGGAAAAAUCACUUGGGCUUAUUGAUGCCCCGUUUCAAUUUGUGCUUGCUGAUACAAAGUUGCGCUGUUUAACACAUCCUCAAGAGCGUGCGCAUGCAGGGUGA